UAGGGACAAUACCAUGCCUCUUGGUCCUUUCUCUAAUCCAAAUAUCUCUCCGUUAAUGCUCUCACCACAAACUUCAAUAGACUAGCCAAAAGCUAACACCAACUAUAGGCCAAAUCACCAAUAAAUAUUAUUUCCCGUUCUUUUGGCGUGUUGGCCACCCACUGAACACAUUUGCACUCACACAUAGAAGCAGAGAGAGGCCAUUGGUUGGUUUCAGAGAUGGGAAGCAUGCACAUAGAAACCCCAGAAACUUUUGCUGAUGGUAGCAAAAACUUCGAUGAUGAUGGACGAGCUAAAAGAACUGGGACUUGGAUUACUGCAAGUGCUCAUAUCAUAACGGCUGUGAUUGGUUCUGGAGUGCUAUCUCUUGCAUGGGCAAUUGCACAGAUGGGUUGGGUAGCUGGUCCUGCAGUGCUCUUUGUCUUCUCUUUGAUAACAUACUUCACCUCCACUCUUCUCGCUGACUGUUACCGUUCACCUGACCCUGUACAUGGCAAGCGAAACUACACAUAUUCUGAGGUUGUCAAAGCCAACCUAGGAGGAAGAAAAUUUCAGCUGUGUGGAUUGGCUCAGUAUAUAAAUCUUGUUGGUGUAACAAUCGGCUACACUAUAACUGCAUCACUUAGUAUGGGGGCGGUGAAGAAGUCGAACUGUUUACACAAACAUGGCCAUCAAGACGAGUGCAAAGUUAAGGACAACGCUUUUAUGAUUGCUUUUGCCUGCAUCCAAAUUCUUCUAAGCCAAAUACCAAACUUCCAUAAGCUCUCUUGGCUCUCUAUCGUAGCAGCUGUUAUGUCUUUUGCUUAUUCUUCCAUUGGGCUUGGCCUUUCCAUAGCCAAAAUCAUAGGUGGGGGACACGUGCGAACAACCUUAACAGGGGUGGAAGUUUCGGGAACGGAAAAGGUUUGGAAAAUGUUUCAAGCUAUCGGUGACAUUGCCUUUGCUUAUGCUUUUUCUAAUGUCCUAAUUGAGAUCCAGGACACACUGAAAUCAAGCCCACCUGAGAACAAAGUCAUGAAGAGAGCAAGUUUGAUUGGCAUUAUGACUACAACAUUGUUUUAUGUACUAUGUGGGUGCUUAGGCUAUGCUGCAUUUGGAAAUGAUGCACCAUCUAAUUUCCUCACAGGAUUCGGCUUCUAUGAGCCCUUUUGGCUAAUAGACUUUGCCAAUGUCUGCAUAGCAGUGCACUUAGUUGGGGCAUACCAGGUCUUUGUCCAACCUAUAUUUGGGUUUGUGGAAAAGUGGAGCAAAGAAAAUUGGACAGAAAGCCAAUUUAUAAAUGGCGAGCAUACUUUGAACAUUCCUCUAUGUGGAAGCUACAAUGUGAACUUCUUUAGGGUAGUGUGGAGGACUGCAUAUGUGAUUAUCACUGCCGUUGUAGCUAUGUUACUCCCAUUCUUCAAUGACUUUUUGGCCCUUAUCGGUGCACUCUCUUUCUGGCCAUUGACGGUUUACUUCCCUAUAGAGAUGUACAUUAAGAAGUCAAAUAUGCAAAGAUUUUCCUUCACCUGGACUUGGCUCAAGAUAUUGAGUUGGGUUUGCUUGAUCAUUUCUAUUAUCUCACUUGUGGGUUCCAUCCAAGGCCUUUCGGUUAGUAUCAAGAAAUACAAGCCCUUCCAAGCAGAACAAUAGAACUUUCAUACUUAGUAUUCCAACUUGAGCCAAGAGUUUCUAUUGAGGGCGACAAAAUUUGUAUUACUAUGUUUUGAAAUAGUUGUUAUAUUUUCAAUUCUCGAAAUCGAGACAACUUGUUAUACUAAAGUAAUAUAAUAAAAUGUUUAGUUUGCUAUGUUA